UGGGCUUUUGAGCAUUUGGGCUUCGCCCGAACUUUUGUGUUCGGGAUCGAGUUUGCCCGACGCAUUGCCCUGCUUUUCCCGUCGCCGUCCCUCCAUCCCAAGAAGCCAUGGCGUCCUUCUGCCGCUCCGCCGCCGCCGCCGUCGUGAGGUCGGCCGCGCUCCGGUCGAGGUCCCCGACGGCGAGGCCGUUCCCUGGGACGAGGUCUCCUGUCGCGCCGCCGCGCGUCCGCAGGCCCGUUACGGCGGCGGCGCUGGCGAGCGUGGAGUCGUUGAUGCCGUUGCACAGCGCGGUGGCGGCCGCGCGGCUGCGGUCGUGCAUCGCCGCCGACUCGGCCUGCUGGAGCUGCCUCUCCCAAGGUAUGAUCAAGCGCAUCUGAUCAUGGCUAGGGACAUAACGGCUCACGUGCUACUGCGUCAUGAUUUAAUUUUUCAAUAUCUUAGCUUUCUUCUGUAAGGAGUAGGCCUGACAGUGUGUCUUGGCAAAUUUUGAUAAGGGAAUUGUAGCAGCAAAAGCACUGCAUACCACCAUGGGAACUAGUCACUAUUGUUCAAAUUUAGAUUUAAAAUUCUAUGCAGUAGCAGGGUUAUCUUUCGUAUCCUGGAAAUUGGAAUCUGGCAAGCGCAUUUUUGUGUGUGUGAAACAUUUUUACUUUAUGUUCUUAAUUGUUCAAGCAGUACGAGAAUCAAUUUUCUAAUAAAAUAAUGAACUGAGACUCUAAGACCAAUUGCAUUCAAAGAAAGAAUUGAUGUACCAGAAAAUUUGGUACUCCAGUGAUCCUGUUUCCAGUUAUUAUAGGGUUAUGCUGUGGGGUAGAGAUCAUCGUCUAUUUUUGUUGAGUUGUAGUUUGUUAUGUCUUGGCUCCUAUUAUUUGCCCAUCAUAUCAAUAUGCUUUUUAUAUUGAGGUUCCUGUUGGUUCCUCAUCUCUACCAGAUACUAAAUUUUGACUUUGCAUGAUGUUUAGCAUGUGAUUAUGAGCAGCCUGUUUUACAGUAUCAGUUUUGUGUUUGUUGUUCUGCCUUUCACACUUUGUUUUUA